AGCCACCAUAAUGUCCUGUUCAGAUAUCCAGCGCUUUCUCUACCGUAUGCUACUGGUGUCAAUUCUCCGAUUCCAUCACCUGUUGCUUUUGAUUGUUCAGCUGGCUCGCUGUCUGUGGUUUGGAUUAAGACUGCCAAACACGAGUCACUUCAAACGAACAGAAAUGGAUGCAACUCAGAACUUGAGGAUUCCCAGUCACAUCUCUCUUGUGAUAUUUGAAGAUGCGAUUUCUUUGAAUGCUAUGUUUAACAUGCUCUUGUGGUCCAAAGAUUUGGGAAUUUCCGUGGUUUCCAUAUGUGACUAUAAAGGUACUGAUAGUUUGUGUAUCCUCAUUCCAUUCAGGUAAUGUGUUGUCGCGCAAGUCAGAGCUUGUUGACCGAUUAAGUAAACUGACGAAUGUGGCAGGCGUCGAAAAGCUCUCUGGCUCAUUGUACCGUUAUACUUUUGAAAGUGACAAUGAAACCACGAAACUGCCAGACGUUGAGCUGACGAUCCAAUUUGGUACUUAUACCUGUUUAGCCGGCAUAUUCCCAUGGCAAAGUCGGUUCUCAGAGUUCUUGAACGUGUCUUCACACUGGGAUAUCCAAUCGCAUGAAUUUCGCGCUCUGUUCUGUCGUUUCCGGAACAUCAAGCAACGCUGGGGUCGUUGAGAACUACUUGAGUCAUUUUACUCGCACUUGUUUUCUUUGUCUUCGUGGUUUCUAAUGCUUCAGUACACCUGUAUCAGAG